AUGCUUGGAUAUGUAAGAGGAGUUACAAAAUUUUAUAAAACUACAUAUAGAGGUAUAAAAAUACUUUUCAAUCUGUGUGUGUGUACAACCUGGAAUCGAACUAGGGGACUUCCGAUUUCCAGCCAAACGUUUAUCCAAAGAGACUGAAUUCUUUUGAGUAUAUAAGCAUUUAAUAUACAAUGUAUAGUACAAUAUAAAUUUUUAUAUAUUAAUAACAAAAAAUAUUUAUUUAUUUAUUAAUAAUAAAAAAUAUAUCUUCUUAAAAUUGUAAUUUAUUUAUACCAAUUUAUUCAUACAAAUACUUCUUAAAAUUGUAAUUUAUUUAUACCAAUUUAUUCAUAUAAAUACUUCAUUUAUUUGAAAAUUUCAUUCAUACAGAACUUUAUUUAUUUAAGAACUUCAUAAUCACAUCAUUCAAUCAGUGCCUGAUUAAAUGAACUGUUACUGGUUGAAUCCAUUUAUUUGAACAUGAACUUGAAUAUGAACAAAAAAUCACUAGCAGAGAGAAGAAACAGUGACCUAUUGUACGAAAUGCAAUUACUUACGUACGAGGUAUUUGUUCCGUGGCAAGUUCAUAUAAACAGAGUUCUACUAUAAUUUGUUAUAAAAAAGCAAUUAAUUGAUUAUAACAAGUGCAAACGCCAAUAAAAUUAUUAAUAUAUUUAUAUUCUUAAAAUAAAAAUAGCUUAAAUAAUUACAUAUAUAGACCGUUAUCGCAGGUACGUUAACCCAAAAUUUUUGUUUAAUUUUUAUCCAAAAAUAGUAAUACAAAUAUAUAGUAAUAAAAGCGAUAAAUUGAUAAAAAUAAAAGUUAUUAGAAAACGCUAUUAAUAAAUAAUUUUAUAAAUUACAAAUUAUUUUAUUCUAACCAUGACUUAUUUCUAAUGUUAUUCAUUGUCUAUGUGUCUAAUGCUUUAUAUAUAAUAUAAUAUUGUAAUAUAAUAUAUAUGCAAUAUAUAUGUAAUAGAAUAUAUAAUAAUAUAUUAAAAAUCUUAUUACAGCAAAGAAAGCAAUAUGCAGCGUGCAAUGUUACAAUUAAAUGGUGUACCUACUCAAAUAAUUACAGAAGGUCGUUGGGUGGAAGAAGACCUUGCAGAAAAUGGUAACCCUGGUAUACCAGAAUUUUAUGAAGGAUUUAUAAAAACUGUAAAAUUAAGACUUCCUACAGAAGUGCCCAUUUGGGUGAUUGGAAAUGCAGGCCAUGUACAACCACCGAGCAAUUUGGCAGUUACCAUGCCAGAUGAUUCAACUUGGACUGAACAUUAUAGUUUAAUGGCACAAUUACAACACAAAAAAGAUUUCAUUAAAAAAUAUGUACCAGAAAAUGCAAAGCUGCAUCUUGUUGGACAUUCAAUAGGAAGUUGGAUGAUAUUAAAUAUGCUAAAAGAUGAUGUCAUUGCUAAAAAAGUAACCAAAUGUUACCUGAUAUUUCCAACUAUAGAAUAUAUGGCCAGAACUACUAAUGGAUGGUGGUUCAAUAAAAUAUCAAAAUUUGCGUUUUUUCUAAUUUUUAUGUGUUCCCUUUUUUCGAUUCUUCCACGUUCCUUUCAAAUUUUUAUUUUAAAUGUAAUUUUACCACUAAUACCAAUUCCUUUAAAAUGCAAUAAUGCAAUGUUACAAUUUUUAAAUCCUAAUACUGUAAAAAGAGUAAUUAAAAUGGCAGAAGAAGAAAUGGAAAUAGUAAAAGAAAGAGAUGAUGAUAUAAUUUCAAAAUAUGCAGAUAAAUUAUGGUUUUAUUAUGGCAACUGUGAUGAUUGGGUACCAGUUACAUAUUACAAAAAUUUGAAGUUUAAGCAUCCUGAGCUCAAUGCAGUACUCUGUAAGCAUGGCUAUCAUCAUAGUUUUGUUUUACAUUAUGAUAAACAAAUGGGAAAACUUGUUGGGGACGAAAUUAAUGACAACAUAGCAUGAUCUUAAAUAAGAAAAAUAAUAAUUAACCUUUUUAUAUUUUUAAAAAAAUAUUUAUUUGGUAAUUAGUAAUUUAUAUUAAAAUUUUUAUUAAUAUCUUAAUAAAGUUUUAUUAAUGUCUUAAUACUUUAUAAUUAAUAUUACUUAAAACUUUUUUAUAUAUAAAGCAUAAAUAGGACUACGUAUUUACUAUAUUAUAUAGACAAUUAAAUUUAUUUUUAUCAUUUUAUUAUGAAUUUAUCUUAAACAGGAAUUAUUUGUGAUACUGUCAAACUAUAUUUAUAUUUUUAUUUUAUAACAAGAUGUAUUUAAUUC